UAAUUGCAUGAUAAUUUUCGAUUUUUGAGGUUUUUUCUGUUCUCAUUGAAUUACAUGUUUAAUUGCAUCAAUCACCAAGUUAUUGAAUUGCAUGUUAAUUACAUGAUAAUAUUCGAUUUUUGAGGUUUGUUUUGUUCUCAUUUAAUUGCAUGUUUAAUUGCAUCAAUUAUUGAUUUGAUUGGAUUUACUUCUUUGAUAUUUUUUUAAUUGAAUCAAUAAUUUAGGUUUGAUUAAUUUGAUAGACAUUAAAAAUAUGCAAUCAAAUUUAAAAUGAGCAAAUAAAUUGAAAAUGAGCAAUUCCAAAAAAAAAUGAGCAAAUAUAAAAAUGAGCAAAUGAGCAAAAUAAGUUGGUAAUGGUGGUUGUGGUGGUGAUAGUGGUGGUGGUAGGGUGCAGGGGCAAGGAUAGGGGCGGAGGAAGAAGAGAGAGUUUGGUGGUGGUGGUGAUUGUACUGUGUAAGGAAGAGGGUGAGAAAUGGCAUUCAGCUCAUUAUCAUAAGUUGCAGAAACAGUGAAAGAGGUAGCUGUAGCUAAUGCUAAUGGUAAUGCUAGGAUUAGAAGAGAGAGAGUGCCCAUAUUAUUGUGCAGAAAAAAGAGUAGACAGAAAGAAAGUGGAGGGAAGUGAUGGGAAGGCUUAUGUAGCUGCUUCGUGGCAGGUGAAAGACUACUAGGAGCGUUGCAUUAGUGAAGCGAAGGCAGUCCUUUGGGGACUUCAGCUUGCUGCAGAUUUUAGCUACUGACAGGUCACAGUACAAAGUGAUUUCAUUUAAGGAGCAUUCAUGAUUGAUUGCAGAUACAACAGUAUGCAAAAUCAAUUUCUCCUGCAUCUGCUUGGUUUAUAAUUGACUUUUUAUAUAAAAUUGAUCAUUCGAUGUAAAUUUGGUUCUAUAGAUAUGCUUUAUGCUUGAUGUUUCUGCGUUAUACUGUGUUAUUUUGACAAGUAAUAUCAUAUAUAGGCUCAUUUAGCAAAUAAGAAAAUAAUUAGUUGCUCAUUUGUCAAAUGAGCAAAUACUUAGUUGCUAAUUUCACAAAUGAGCAUUGAGUUAUUUUCUCAUUUGACAAAUGAGCAUUCAAUUAUUUGCUCAUUUGACAAAAGAUCAAAGAAUUGUUUGCUUAUUUCACAAAUGAGCAUUGAGUUCCUUGGUCUGCUUGCCUGUGCACAAGCUCUACCCCCUUCUUCUUGGUCUGUUUCCUGCACACCAACCAAAAUCCCUUCUUCCACUUCCCUAUACAAACCUAUCCCCCCUGCCCCUUCAUCUUUCUGCUUGCAGUUCUGAUUUCAGAAAUUGUUGUGUGUGUGUAUCUCUGUGUGUGUGUGAGUGAGUGAAUGUAAGAGUGUAUGUAUAAGUGUGUGUGUUUGCUUCUGGCCGUGUACAUUCUUAUUUAAGAAUCUGAUUUCAGUUGUAAUUAUUGAGAGUCUGUGUGUAAGUGUGUUUAAGGGGGUGCAUAUUCACUUGUUACUAUUUUGUGGGAAUGUUAAUGACUUGUUAUAUCUAUUAUAUUUAAUGACAUAAAUGAUGAGGAAUAAUGAACUUCUUGACAGUCAUUCUAGUACCAUCACAAAUGUGCCAACUACUCCUACAAUAGUAGUUUCUCCUAAAGUAGCACCUUUGCUCACUCCUGGAGGAACAAAAGAAUGGCUUCCAAUAUGCCCCAAUGAGUUGAAACCAACUAUAGGGAUGAAGUUUAAUAAUCUUGAAAUGGGCCUUGAAUUUUAUAAAAGUUACGCAUUUUCUGCUGGAUUCAACAAAAGAAAGUCUACAACUAAAAGACAAAGAAGAAGCAAAGAAUUAAAUCACAGUAUAUCUUAUGCAAUAAGGAAGGAUACAAAGAGAAAAGAAAGGCUAUUGUUGAAAAAGAUUUAAAUAACAAGGAAGGAAAAAGCAAUGAGAAAAAGCUUUAAUCAAAAGGAAGAGACUCGUUACUCGUAUUGGGUGCAAGGCACAUAUUGUUAUAAAGCAUUGUGAUGAUAACAAACUCAUAGUGUCACAAUUUCAUGAGGGACAUACUCAUCUACUAUAUACACCUAGUUGCAAUCUCUUCCAAAAAGAAGGAAGGAAAAUGAACAUAUUGCACAAAAAAAUAAUUGUGAAUAAUUCUAAGGUGAAUAUUGGUCCCGUUACAUUUUUUCGACUGAUGAAGGAAAUUGUUGGAGGAUAUGAUAACAUUGGUGCAUCUAAGCAAGAUUUCAAAAAAUUUCGUAGAGAUUUAAAAGCAUACAUUCAAGGAAGUGAUGCUGAAAUGUUCGUGGAUAAUUUUACCAACAAAAAGCUAAUGUGGAGUGUUUUUUUCUUUGAUUUUGAGAUGGAUGAAGAUUAUUGCCUUUGUAGAGCAUUGUGGGCAGACCCCCUUUGUAAAAAGAGUUAUGCUCUAUUUGGUGAUAUGGUAUCCUUUGAUACCACAUACAAACCAAUAGUUUACAGUGGUUGACCAUCAUAAGAGCUGCAUUACUUUUGCUGCUGGUUUCAUAGCAAAGGAAGAUAUUGUGUCAUUUGAGUGGCUGUUCAGAUCAUUUCUCAAGGCAAUGGGUGGGAAUAGACCUAAUUGUAUGAUCACGGAUUAGGAUCCAACAAUGAAAAUUGCUGUUAAAAGGCACAUAAUGAAAAAGUUAUCAGAUAAGGUGGAGAAAUCAAUCAUGCAAGAAGAAACUGGUUUCCUAAAAAGAAUAUGUGCUUGCGUUUGGCAUCUUGAAAUUGAACUCUCUGAGUUUGAAGAAAGGUGGAACAAGGUGAUGGUUGAAUACCACUUGGAAGAACAUGAGUGGUUAGGUUAUAUGUACAAGAUAAGGGACAAGUGGAUUCCGGCGUAUUUCAGAGAUGUGUUCCUUAGAGGAAUAUUGCGUACAACAUCAAGAUCUGAAAGUGAAAACAACUUUUUUUCUCUCCUUUAUCAAUCCUCAUGUGUCACUUGUUGAGUUUUACUUGAGAUAUGAAGCUGUAAUUGACGCCCAAAGACACACUUAAGGUCAGAAUAAUAAUGAUUCAAAGCACAAAUAUCCUGAGUGCAAAACACCACUAGGGAUAGAAAAGCAUGCCUCACAUUUAUAUACUAACUCCGUCUUUUAUGAAUUUCAAUAUGAGGUUGAAAUUGCUUGUUUUUCUUGUGGUGUUGAUGAAUUAAAGAAAGAAAAUGGUUUGGAAGUUGCAAAAGUAAGUGAAGGAAAUCGGAUUAGAACAUUUGAUGUUGUGUUUAAUCCAACUAAUUAUGACACCACAUGUUCUUGCAAGCUAUUAAUAGACAAGGAAUUCCAUAUAGACAUAUGAUUUGGGUUUGGAAAGCAAAAAGGUUUGAAACCAUCCCUGAGCAGUAUAUGCUACACAGAUGGACUACUAUGGCACUGAAGAAACCAAUUUUUGACUUGGGUGGAAACCUGGUGGAGCAAUGUGCUAAUUUAAUUCACAAGAAAAAAUUGUUAAAUGAUUUAUGGUCAGAAAUACACAUUUGUGUAAGUUUGGCAGAAGACAAAGAUGAAGAUAUUCAAGACCUUGUUAUAAGCCUUCAAGGAAUAAGAAAGGAUUUGGAGGCUAAGAGGAUUGCAAGAAAUAAUGAAACAACAGUUGGAAGUGCAAGCAACAAAGGACAAGACAUUGAGCUAUUGAUUGGAGCUAGUGUGCCAACUGAAAUAAUUGUCAAACCUCCAAAAAUUUCAAAAAAUAAAGGGAUUGGAUUUUAUGUAUCAAAUGAAGAGAAUUCAAAAAAUAAAGGGGCUGAGAUUGAUGUGCCAAAUGCUGAAACAAGAGGUAGAAGUGCAAAAAGGCUGAAGGGAGAAAAAGAAAAGGUUGUAGAACAAAACCAGAAAAAGAAGAGAUUAUGUAGAAGUUGUGGUGAAUUGAGUCAUCAUGAUAUUAGAAAUUGUCCAGAAAAAGUGUAAUGAUAACUUUAUAUAAAUAUAAGAUUUAAUAUUUUUAUAUAAAUUCCUAAUUGUAGGCCGUACUUGUUAUUUCUUUAUUUGUUUUCUAUUCUUGUCAUUGUGUGCAUAUGUUUGUCACUUUGUCAGUAUUCUAUAAGACUGACAGACUUUGUAGGG